AUGUCAGGCUUCCCAUCUCUCCAACCCGCUUUCACUGUCCGCGUCGACAUCGAUGCGCCGAUGCAAGUUGGAGGCCAGCAUGGCGCGCAGUUGGUCAUCGUCCCGAUGGUAUCCGGUACAGUGAAGAGUGAACCGGGAUUCGAGCCAAAGCUGGAUGGAGAGCUGCACGGUACCGGCUACGACUAUAUUCACAACGAUGCCGAUGGCGGAAACAUGCGCUUGGAUGUUAGGAGUCAGGUCAAGAACCACGAUGGAACAAUUCUGGCAAUGUACUACAAGGGCACCGUGAAGCUCACGCCUGGUGUCGGCAAGGUGCUAUCUGGUGCCUCGGAUGCUAGGACUACGGACUACGGCGAUUCAUUUGUCAACUUCACUUUCGAGACUGGCAACGAGAAGUACAAGGACCUGCAGAACGGGACGUAUGUCGCUGCCGGCCAUUUCAUCACAGGCGAAGGAAAGCCUGGUGUUGUGGUGGAGUACAAGGUUAGCAAGGUUGUGUAUAAGGCCAUUGCGGCAACACUGAUCGAAACUCGCGUACAACUCCUCCCACCGGUCGCGAUGCUACUCAAGAAGAAGUACGUUCUUGAUGACUUCACCAAAUACAGUGCCGGCAAGCUCGCAAACCAAUUCGCAGCUAUCGCAGACGUGGACAUUUACACAUUCGGGGAGAAGGUCUACUUGGACGAGAAAAACACAAUUCGCCGGUGUCAUAUGCUCCUCGUCGGCCAUGACACAUUCAAGAGCGGGGGCCCCCCAGUGUGGGCUGAAGCGACAGGGGAGCGUGUACGCUACUACUCCGGCGCUGGAGUCCAAGUCACCCCAUUACUUCAUGACGUUCGUUCAUCGAAAGUGUAUUACGAUCCGCCUUUCAGCUAUAUCGGCGGCGCUCUUGACUACAAGAACACGAGGCCUGGCAUGAGUUCAGAACGUAAGCUUGAAAGAGCUGUGACUGAAGCUGCGAUCAACUUCGUGUUCCUCAAGACUGGACGCCUGGAGCAAGUCACGGAUUCGGUGAACCCGGACAUACUGAGCAGCUUCAGACAGGCAUGCAGAAACUUUAGCCUGCACCAGAGAUCCCGGGACAACGCAGACAAUACCGAAUUCGAUCAGCAUUCGGGAAAUGGAUCCACUACUCUAGUUCCAAGUCGUGGACUGCACCAUAUCGUGCUUCCUUCAUCUACUGAACGAAAUGGUCAGUUGGUAGUUCGAGAUAGGAACCCAGCUCCGCUCGUUCUGCGUAAACGCCAGUUUGCAGACCUCAACGAUGAUCUGACUGAUGAUCUACCACGCAACUCAAACAAACGUCUGCGUCAGCUCGAGACGACCAUCGAUCGUGACGCCCAGAUCCACGCCAGGAUAGAACGCGAGGUACGAAGUCUGAGAGCUCAGCUCGUGGAACAGGAGACAAAGACUAGUGUCGCAAAAGACAAACUGAUGCGAGAAAGAACGAAGCGACGCGAAGCACAGUCAGAACGUGACACGUGGGAAGAGGAGUACAAAAUCCAGCAUGCUCUAGCUGGGUCUGCUGCGAAACGUCUCAAGCAAGAGGAAGGGAGCGAGGGUUGGAAGGCUAUGCUGAUCGAUCAAGAACAGAAGACUGUACAUUACAAAACCAUGUACAUGGCGAUGAAAGAGGAAAAGGUUGAGUGGGAAGCACAGAAAGAAGAGAUGAGAGGUACAAUCGCCACGCUCACUUCAAAAGUCGACCGUCAGAGAGCCUAUAACAGGAGCUCCUACGCCGGUCAUAUGAGAAAGCGGGCGGAGAAGACCGUCGCGAUAAAGGCGCUGUCAGCAGAGCUUGCCAAAGAGAAGGAAGCAAGGGUCUUCUGGCAGAAAACAUGGCACAGUAGCCUACCGGGCAGUUCGCGGAACCGUCCACUACCCCCUUCGUCUCCGACAGCUCCACGAAAUCAAAGCUCUAGUAUGGAGGUCAUAAGGGCACCCCUCGAUAAUCAACGUACAAAGCCGCGUCAGAGCAUAUCCGGUAUUAGGGAGACUGUACCACUCCCACAGGGUAUGCGCAGAUGA